AUGGAAGGAACAGACAACGUACUUAAUACACCAAGAGAUAUUACAGAAGAAGAAAAGGAGAAAAGAGAACAAAAGAAUAAAAGAUGGAUUAUUGUCCAACAACAAGCAUUUACUCAUUGGGUGAAUGAAACAGUCCAACAACGAGGAAUGACAGUCAACGAUAUAAGUGUUGACUUUAAAACGGGGAUUGUAUUAAUUAAUUUUUUUGAAUUAAUUUCUAAGAAAAUCUUAAGAGAAAGAUAUAAUCAUGCACCAAAGAAUAGAAUUCAAUGUAUUAAUAAUUUACAUUGUGCAUUAACAUUUAUGGAAAGAGAUAUGUUAGUUAAAAAUCCAGGAUGUUCAGCAGAAGAUAUUAUUGAUGCGGAGAAAUAUGGGAAUAAAUUAAUAUUAGGAUUAUUAUAUACAUUAUAUAGAAUUUAUCGUAUGAAUCCAGUUGAUUUAGUUGGAAGCGAGAAUGGGAAACCAUUACGAGAAGAAGAUGCACUUUUAGCAUGGGUUAGACAAACUACAGAAGGAUAUGCAGGAGUUAAUAUUAGUAAUUUUAGACAUUCAUUUAAUGAUGGGAAAGCUAUAUUAGCGUUAUGUCAUGCAUAUACACGAUUAACAGGAGAGAAUGGAUUUGAUUAUGAAGAAAUAGCAAAUAAAACAGCAGAAGAAGUUUUAGAAUAUGGGUUUGAUUUUGCACAAAAAAAGAUGGGAAUAGAUAGAUUACUUGAAGUAGAAGAAGUGAAAGAAGGAGAUAUUGAUGAAAGAGCACUUGCGAUUUAUGCGUCAUUAUUCCAUCAUGCAUUUAAAACAUUUAAAGAACUUCAAGCUAUGAAAAAUGAAUUAGGGAAUGCAUCAGGAGAAUUACAAAUGCAAAUGAAAAGUAAAAAUGAUUUAAUUAAGAUGAAUUUAGAUAUGAAGAAAGAGAUUGAAGAAAUGAUUGAAAAGAAAGGAUUAAUGCAACAAGAAUUAGAUUCGUUGAAUCAACAAAUUGAAGAAGUUAAAGGAAUGAAUGAGAAUAAAGAAAAAGAAAUAGAAGAGAUUGAAAGAAAAGAAAAAGAAUAUAAAGCAGCGAUAGAAGAAUAUAGUCAUAAAAUAGAAGAAUUAAAUAAGAAAAAUGAAGAAUUAAAUUGCAAAAUAGAAAAUUUAGAAAAUGAACAUCAAAAAGAUGAUGCUAAGAAAAGUAUAUUACAAGAAGAAUUAAAAAAAUUAAAAGAAGAAUUAGAGAAAUUAAAUAAAGAAAUUCAAGUAGAACAAGAAUUAAAGAAUGGAGCAGAUAUUACAAGUAAAUUUGAAGAACAAUCUAAAGCAAAUAAGAAAUUAGAAGAAGAAGUAAUGGAAUUAGAAGAAGAAAUGGAAGAAUUAGAUGGAGUAUCGAAAAAUUUAAGAAAGAAUUUAGAGGAUAUAGAAAAAGAAAAGAAUGGAUAUGGGGAUAGUAUAAAUGAUAUUUGUAAAGAAGCCGAAAAUUAUAGUGGAGCACUUGGUAUAUUAAAGAAACAAUUAGAACUUCAUGCUGAAGAUUUACAAAGAUGGUCAGGAAUGUUAGAAGGAAAAAGUGAUGUAGGAGAUGUUGAAUCUAUUGUUAUGAAAUUAAAAGCGGAUAAUGAAGAAAAAAGUGCACAAGAAAGAGUAGCUAUUUAUCUUGCUAUGUUACAAACAGAAAAUGAAGAAAUGGAGAAAUUAUAUAAAACGAAAAUAGAUGAAAUGAAUGGAGUAGGAGAAGCAAAAAAGAAGAAACCAGUUGCUAAAAAACCAGCAGUUAAGAAAUAA